AUGUCCAAUUUCUUCGAAAAAGGAUUAUCAAUAAUUUGCUGCGCCACAAACUCGACAAAGCCAUGGGCAGAGGGUGAAGCGGAUGGCGACGAGAAGUAUAUGAACCUGCAGGGUCCAGGUGUUCGGAAUUUAACAGGAUCUGUUAACGACAAACGUAUCUGUGUCCCUCAAAAGAUUGAUCCUAAAACAUUUUUUGCAAACGAGCGAACGUUUCUCAAGUGGCUAUCUAUUUCUGUUAUGAUUGGCCUGAUGUCUUUGACACUGUUGAACUUUGGUGACACGUCGAGUACUGCCCCAGAAUUAGCUGGUUUGGUUUUAUUACCUGUAUCUAUUAUCUUUAUGGCAUACUCUUUGUUUAUUUUCAGGGAUCGUGCCAAUAAGAUAUAUAUGCGAGAACCAAUGCGAUACGACGAUACUCGUGGUCCUACAUUGCUUGUACUUGUUCUUGGAGCUGCUUUGCUAACUGCAACUAUAUUUUCGGUUCAGCGACACUACUACAAAGCCAUGACACCAACAAUUCAUGGCGGAGCAAUUUUCUCAUAA